AUGCGGUCUACCGUGCAGGGCUCGUCCCAUUCACUCCCGUUACACGGUCCUACCUCUUCAGCAACGCAAUCGUCCGAGGCAGACGAGAAACCGCUCGACCAUCCUGCAGCUACAGACGGCGCACCAACCCGGAUGUCGACUGACCGCGGGCUUCAAGACUGGUCUCCGUACACUCUUCGAAAGAGACCAUGGCGACGGAGGGUCACCGACUUCAGCCACAUUGUCGAAGCCAAGUAUCGAGGGAGCGGAACUCCUAGGGACCCGUUUGUCGUCCAAUGGCUCGACCAUGACCCGGAGAACCCGAAGAACUACAGCAACUUGUUCAAGUGGUUGAUGACCUUUCUCCUGGCCUUCAUGACACUCUGUGUGUCGUUGGCUUCCUCGGCAUAUACUGGCGCCGCAGGUCUGAUUAUACCCGAGUUCCAUUGCAGCCACGAGGUCUACCUGCUAGGCUUGAGUCUUAUGGUCGCUGGCUUCGCGCUUGGACCAUUGAUGUGGGCACCACUUUCAGAAGCGGUAUCUCGUCGAGACGUUCUCUUGGUUGCAUUGGGCCUCUACAUCAUCUUCACGGCAGUCUGCGCGGCGGCACAGAACAUUACCGCACUUGUCAUCCUUCGUCUACUGUGCGGCACCUUGGGCUCCGCUGCCUUUGUCAUCCCAGGCGGGCAAAUCUCUGAUAUGUUUGAAGCAGAGCAGCGCGGUAUGGCGCAAGCUGUCUACUCAGCGGCUCCCUUCUUGGGCCCGACUUUGGGACCGACGGUCGGAGGGUUCUUGAGCCCGGCUGCGGGAUGGCGCUGGCUCUUUGGGUUCCUUGCUCUGUAUGCUGCCGCGUUGACAGUUCUUGGGAUUAUUUUCGUCCCAGAGACAUACGCACCAGUCCUGCUCCGGAGGAGGGCAAAGCUGCUUUCCAAAGCCACAGGGAAGGUCUAUAUGACGAGAAUCGAUAUUGAGCAACCAAUUGUGUUGAAAGAGGUAGUAAAGCGAUCAGUUGCUCGACCAUGGGCUCUUCUGUUCCGUGAACCGAUUGUAUUACUCCUCUCGAUCUACAUGGCCGUCGUGUACGGGACUCUUUACCUGUUCUUUGCAGCCUUCCCGAUUGUCUUUCAGCAAGGUUACGGCUGGAAUGCGGGAGAAAAUGGUCUCGCUUUUCUCGGGAUCAUGGUAGGAAACCUCCUAGCCGUCGGCGUGAUCAUCCUGGACAACAAGCGAUACGUUCGCAUUUCCAAAGCUCACGGUGGCUUCGCACCGCCCGAAUCGCGCCUCCCACCCGUCAUAUAUGGGGGUGUUGUUGCCAUCGUCGGUCUCGCUUGGUUUGCUGCGACUGCGGAUCCAAGCAUUCAUUUUAUCGUUCCCGUCCUUUCGGGACUACCGUUCGGAAUCGGGUUCAUCUUGAUCUUCAUGUGUUGUUCCAAUUACCUUGUCGACUCUUAUGUGAUCUACUCUGCCUCCGUCCUCGCCGGCAACUCCAUCCUCCGCUCGACAUUCGGUGCUGUGUUCCCACUCUUUGCGACCUACAUGUACAACAAUCUCGGCGUCCACUGGGCGUCGGCUGUCCCUGGCUUCAUUGCUCUUGCCUGUUUCCCGUUCCCGAUCUUCUUCUACAAGUAUGGAAAGAGCAUCAGACGGAGGUGCAAGUACUCAGCUGAGGCGGCGAGGUUCCUGGACAGUCUGAAAAGUGAUCUUGAGCGUCAACAGAGCAGGGCAAGUAAGGCCGAGGAGGCGGCAGGUGGAGUGGCAGAGGCGGAACGGAAUGAUGUGUCUUCUUGA